GGUAUUAAUAUCAGUCACAUCUUAUUGAGCGAAGCACAAUUCAAAUAUGUGGUUAUACCUGUUCUUAUUAUUUUGCGCUAUUCUAACGUAUUACGUGAUUAGGCACUAUUCCUACUGGAAAAAUCGUAAUGUCACGCAAGGGCCGAUCGUGCCCAUCUUCGGGGACAAUCUCCUUACCGUGUUUCGAAGGGAAUCCUUCUUCGAUAUGAUGAACAGGCUUUACCAGAGAUUUCCUAAUGAACGAUAUACCGGUUUCUAUCAGAUGAAUAAUCCUAUGUUAUUAAUCCGUGAUACUGAAUUGAUGAAGAUGGUAACAGUUAAGGACUUCGACCAUUUUACAGAUCAUAGGACCUUUCUGCCAGACAACUCCGAUCCUUUGUGGAGCAAAAAUUUAUUUGCGUUAAAAGGAGAUAAAUGGAGAGAGAUGAGAGCUACCAUGAGUCCCGCAUUUACCAGCAGUAAAAUGCGCGCAAUGUUUUGUCUAAUGAAUGAGUGCGCUGAGCAACUUGAGAAUUACUUUCAGGAGGAAAGUAAAAAGGGACAAAUAGUGCGUAACAUGAAGGAUGUCUUCACGCGUUACGCCAAUGAUGUAAUAGCGACUUGCGCAUUCGGUAUAAAAUGUAAUUCACUGAAGGAACCUGAGAACGAGUUCUAUAUGAUGGGUAGAAAUGUCUUAGAUUUAGGUAAUCUUUGGAAAAAUUUGAAGUUUUUCGCUAUAAUUUUUAUGCCGAAAAUCGCAAAAUUUGUGAACGUGACGAUGUUCAACAGUGAGUCCAGUGCGUUUUUUAAGUCUGUUAUAACCGAAAACUUGAGGAUGCGCGAGGAACAGAAAAUCGUAAGACCUGAUCUGAUAAAUUUGCUGAUGGAAGCACGUAAAGGAAAGCUGAAGCAUGAGAAGGAAUCGCAAGAGCAAGACGCCGGAUUUGCAACAGUGCAAGAAUCUGAGAUUGGAAUGAAGGAGUUGAAAUCGAAGGAGAUCACUGAUACUGAUAUCACCGCUCAAGCUUUAAUCUUCUUCACUGCUGGAUUCGAAACCGCCUCAACAUUGAUGACAUUCAUGAGUUAUGAAUUGGCUGUAAAUCCAGACAUCCAGAAAAGACUACAAGAUGAAAUCGACGAAACUCGGGAAAAAUGCAAUAACAAGCUUACCUACGAAACUUUGACCAGGAUGAAAUACAUGGAUAUGGUUAUUUCCGAGACCUUGAGGAAGUGGCCAUCCGCUAUUGCCAUGGAUCGAUGUUGCGUAAAACCAUAUACUAUUCCUGCCGCUAGACCCAACGAAUCUCCAGUCCAUUUGAAGUUGGGUGACAUCAUUUGGUUACCGAUUGUUGGUAUCCACAGAGAUCCUGAAUACUAUCCAGAACCAGAAAAAUUCGACCCUGAGCGUUUCAACGAUGAGAACAAGCACCAAAUAAAGCCAUUCACUUACAAUCCAUUCGGUUACGGACCAAGAAACUGCAUUGGAUCCCGUUUCGCACUUAUGGAAACUAAAACAAUAUUCUUCCAUCUUCUAUCCAAGUACGAACUCGAAGUGGUACAACAAACGAGAGUUCCGUUAAAGGUAGAUAAGAAAAGUAUUAGUUUAGAUGCAGAAGGCGGCGUUACUUUGGGUUUUAAAAUUAGACAAUAA